ACAUAAGUUGGUGAUGUUGCGCUAUGAUCUGAAGCGACACACUUCAAGAUGGCAACCGCUGCCGACGACGCGGUGGCCAAAGCAUUGGAGCGACUACGGCUGAGGAAGGCUGGGAGUAUAGCUGGAAAACAUGGUGAUGCUCCAGCGACGGUGACACCUAUGCCAACGUCCAUGCAAAUGGCGCAGCCUGCCGCUGGAUUCCAGGUCAUCUGCUCAGGCCAAGUGGAGAGGGUACAUUAUCCAGGUGUUACGAAUGUGUACUGCCGUUAUACCAUAACCUACGGCGUUGACUGGCGCGUACUUCAUGGAGCUGAGAACGGACUCUCGCAGAUUGCGUAUCUAGCCAGCAACGAAGACGAAAUCCUGCUCAACUUCCCUAUCGAUGUAUCAUUCAAAAGUACCAACCCAUUCGGCUGGCCUCGCUUGGUACUUAGUCUGUAUGGACUCGACGCACUGGGUCGCGACGUGGUACGGGGCUACGGCUCCGUCGCGUUCCCAGUGUCACCUGGCUGCUCUGUGCGUGAGGUGCCGCUAUUUCGGCCAAUGUCGUCGUCACGGAUACAGCAGUUUAUAGCGUGGUUAACGGGUUCCCCACCCGAAUACUUCGACUCCAAGUUCGUAGCCCAAAGUGAUAGCCGCGAGGUUACACGAGUCACAUCUGCAGGCAAAGUGCGCGUCGUGCUGAACGUGGCGACGCACGGGAUGAAACAACACGGGUACACAUAAGCGAAAUACCAUUCAUUGCUCAGUUAAUGAUUCAAUCACCAUAGAAACCAAGAUGCACAAUUCAAAGAUAAAGACCUGAACCUGAUUUUCUCUUUUACCACCUCAAGUCUAAGCAAGAGGGGCUUGAGAACACCAACAGCAGCUUCAUUUAGCACA